AUUAACCGCUUCUAUAUAUCAGAUAGGAACAAAGAUUUUGUAGUCCGCGUUGCAUUCCGGAAAAUAGAUAGCGUUACACACAGCCAAAUCGUCAAACAAACGCAGUUAACAGACAACACUUUAAGUACAGUGGGACAGAGAGGCAUCGGAAAGUGAGAUGUUCCUGUACAUCGUGGGGCUACUGGUCCUGUGGUUUGUCUACAGAUGGUUGAAGGAGUUCAAACGUGUGGAGAACAAGGGAGACAAACAUGUCUACAUCACCGGUUGCGAUAGCGGCUUUGGGCAUCUCCUGGCCAAGCACUUGGAUAAGCUGGGCUUCAGCGUGAUAGCCGGCUGUUACACCGAGAAGGGCGAAGAUGAGCUGAAGAAGGCCUCCUCCGACAGACUGACCACUCUUCACUUGGACGUCACAGACUCUGCAGGCGUUAAAAAAGCCGCGGCUCUCAUCGACACUCUUGUAGGACAGAAAGGACUAUGGGCCGUGGUCAACAAUGCAGGCGUCGCUGUGCCGGCGGGCCCCUCAGACUGGCUUACAAUUGAAGACUACAAGAGCAUGCUAGCUGUCAAUCUGCUGGGCGUGAUUGACGUGACCCUGAGCGUCCUCCCUCUCAUCAAGAAGGCCCAAGGCAGGGUGGUGAACGUGGCCAGUGUGUUUGGGAGGAUCAGCCCGUUCGGCGGUCCGUACUGCGUGUCCAAAUACGGCGUGGAGGCCUUCAACGACAGCUUGCGGUUGAACUUGGCGCCAUUUGGUGUGAAGGUUUUGUGCAUCGAGCCCGGCUUCUUCAAAACAAACGUCACUGACACAAAGGUGUUGGAAAAUAACCUGAAGAAACUUUGGGACCGAUUGCCGCAGGACAUGAAAGACGACUACGGACCAGACUUUUUGGAAAGUGCAUUCAAAAUGAUGUCACAGAAAUUCCAAGUGUUGACUGACAGCGACCUGAUGAAAGUGGUGGGCUGCAUGGAGCACGCUGUGGCCGCCGUCCACCCUCGCACCCGCUACUCGCCCGGAUGGGACGCCAAGUUCAUCUGGCUGCCUCUGUCCUACAUGCCCACCUUCAUCACUGACAACUACUUUCUUAAAUUCAGCCCCAAGAUUAAAGCGUCUGUGUUAUAAAAUACCACGGGAGUCCUUCCAUCUGGUGUUACUUGCCACUUUUUUAAAUUCUUCAUAAUCCCGUAAGUCAAUGCAGCUUUACUCAUAACUCUGAUGUAAGACCUCAGCGUAGACAGCUGACCUCUGACCCGAAGUCUGUGCUGCUUUUAAAGGGCUUAAUAUUCAACUUGCUUUCUUUCUUAUUGGACUUGGGCUGGGGUUGACUUGGGACCCACAGAGGGAAGGCACAUUUGAGACCACUCACUGUACUGUACUGUCAAUCAAUUUCAUAAUUGUAUAUCAAGCUUAUAUAAGCAGUGGAAAAAUAGAUCAAUCUUUUUUGUAUCAUCGUGAACACGAACCUGUACAUCAUUGGUGAGGCCAAAUAUUUUGUUGCCUAGUGGAACAAGUUUUGAAAAGGUUUUACAUUUUUAUAUGCAUAUCAAAUAAAACCUGGCAUGUAGA